AUGGCCAUGGAGAAGAACCAAGACUCCCGGUUAAUCAUGGGCCGGUACAGGCUGGGCCGCCUCCUCGGCUGCGGCACCUUUGCCAAGGUGUACAAGGCCCAUAAGGUGGCCACCGGCGAGGUCGUGGCCGUCAAGGUGAUGGACAAGGAUGCCGUGCACCGCUCCGGAAUGGCAGAGAAAGUGAAGACCGAGGUGGACGUGAUGCGUCGCGUGCGCCACCCGAACGUCGUCCGCCUCCACGAGGUGAUGGCCACGCGGUCCAGGAUCUACUUCGUCAUGGAGUACGCCAGCGGCGGGGAGCUCUUCGCGCGCCUAUCCCAGAGCACACGGUUUCCAGAGCCGGUGGCGCGCCGAUACUUCCAGCAGCUGAUCACGGCCGUCGAGUUCUGCCACAGCCGCGGUGUCUACCACCGCGACCUCAAGCCCGAGAACCUGCUCCUUGACGUGCGUGGCAACCUCAAGGUCUCCGACUUUGGGCUCAGUGCGCUGCAGGACGGCGGCGCCCGCUUGCGCGGUGACGGCCUCUUGCACACAGCGUGCGGCACGCCGGCGUACGUCGCCCCCGAGGUUCUCUUGAAGAGUGGCUACGACGGUGCGAAGGCGGACAUCUGGUCAUGCGGCGUGAUCCUUUUUGUGCUCCUGGCAGGCUACCUUCCGUUCAAUGACACCAACCUGAUGUUGUUGUACCGGAAGAUCACACAGAGCAACUACAAGUGCCCGCCGUGGUUCUCCGUCGAUGCGCGCAAGCUUCUUGCCAGGCUGCUAGACCCCAACCCCAAGACCAGGAUCACCAUCUCCAAGAUCACGGCUAAUCCCUGGUUCCAGAAAGGACUCUGCCCUCGCACCGGCAAGUCCAACGUCUUGAGCGAGACCUCCGAGGUGCUAGGCAAGGAAGCCUACAAGUGCCACCACCAGCGUGAGGACGGCGACAACGACAAUGAGGACACCCGGAAGAGGAAGCGGUCCAAGGUGACGAUGUCUUCGCCGACCGUCGUCGUGAGGCCUUCAAGUAUGAACGCCUUUGACAUCAUCUCACGAUCGAGCGGGUUGGACCUGUCCAAGAUGUUCGAUGAGGAGCACAGGUUGGAGGCACGGUUCUCUUCUAAAGAAACCACGGCGGCGAUCGUGUCCAAGCUGGAGGAGAUUGCUGAGACGUGGAAGCUCAGCGUCAAGCUAAACAAAGGGGGCAGAGUCGAGAUGGAGGGCAGCCAAGACUGUCGGAGAGGUGCACUCGCCAUCGAGGCAGAGAUCUUCGAGGUGGCGCCAUCGGUGCACGUGGUGGAGAUGAGGAAGACCGGCGGUGACUCGCUCGAGUUCCGUGAAUUCUACAAGCAGGAACUGAAGCCGUCGUUAGGUGACAUCGUGUGGUCGUGGCAGGGCGGUGAUUCGCCGCCUCCGGCUCCUGUGCCGGUGCUCGCGCCGAGGCAGGCUACUAAUCAACGUUCCUGA